AAACCCAUGCCGCUAAUCGCCGCCGCAGCCUCGGCGGUCGCGCCGCCCCCACCCCGGCGAGUGGUGGCUCCCCUCCGCUCCCUCAGCACUCGUAGACCCGGAAUCCUAGCCCUAACUGUCACCUGCUGCUCCCCCUCCCCUCCGCCCCCUGUCGUCGCUGCGGAGGCGCCUGCGCCUGCGCCGCCACAGGAAGCGAAGCCGAAGCCGAAGCCGCGGCGGUACCCGAAGCAGUACCCCGGCGAGUCGGUGGGCGUCGCCGAGGAGAUGCGCUUCGUCGCCAUGCGCCUGCGCAACCCCAAGCGCACCACCAUAAAGGACAAGGCGGGGACGGAGAACGCGGACGCGGGGGCGUCAGAGGACGAGGACGAGGAGGAGGAGGAGGAGGAGCAGGAGGAGGAGGACGGCGGCGGCGGCGUGAAGGAGGAGCACGAGAAGGAGGAGGAGGGCGAGCUAGAGGCAGGGGAGUGGAUGCCCAGCAUGGAGGGGUUCGUCCGCUACCUGGUGGACAGCAAGCUCGUCUUCGGAACCAUUGAGCGGGUCGUCGCCGAGUCCACCGACGUCGCCUAUGUUUACUUCAGGAAAAGUGGUUUGGAGCGUUCAGCUAGCAUUUCAAAAGAUUUGGAGUGGUUCAGAAAACAAGGGAUCGCAAUCCCAGAGCCAAGUACUUCAGGAUCAACUUAUGCAGCUUAUCUGACUGAACUGGCUGAAAGCAACGCUCCUGCAUUCCUCUCCCAUUAUUACAAUAUCUAUUUUGCACAUAUAACUGGAGGUGUGGCAAUAGGCAAUAAGAUCUGCAAGAAAAUUCUGGAAGGAAGGGAGCUGGAGUUCUACAAGUGGGAUACUGAUGCUGAACUUCUAUUAAAAGAUGCCAGGGAGAAGCUGAAUGAGCUCAGCAAGCACUGGACUCGGAAGGACAGGAACUUGUGCUUGAAAGAAGCUGCAAAAUGCUUCCAGUACUUGGGAAAGAUGGUCCGGUUAAUCAUCUUAUGAUCUGUUAUGAUUGUUGGAUAAACCCCAGUCUAAUCUCACUGCAUGCAUUAUCGGAUAUAUUUUAGAGGACAGAAAAGCUAGAGAGACACUACUAUCGCUGCAGGCGUAGUGCAGUUACUUUAUGAUGGAUGUCGAAAUGGCAGGCCACAAUGGCUUCUUUUUCCGCGUGCAUAUUAGAGCUGCUGGUUUGAUGCAUGAGUGAGCCCUUGCUUGCGGCACCUUUGCUUGCUGUUGUGAGGAUAGCCUGAUGAGCAAGCUGCUGGAUCAUGCCAUCCACGCAGUGAUGAGGUCAUGAGCAAUGGGCUAGCAUGCAGGUUAGUUCUGGGAGACCAUAAAAAUUUCGUCUCUGGUCCCCGAAUAUUUCACCUGCAUUGCUGCGAACAACGAUGUAUCAGUCUCGAAUAUAUAGCUGUAAACUAGUAUAUCUGAGUUUUCUUUUAUCGUUCCUGACA